AUUUACUUAAUAUUAUCCCUUAUAAAUUUCGUUAAUUGCUUAGUAUACUUCGUAAUAGUAUUCUGAUUAAUAAUCGGUAAAAAAAUUAUCAAAAUUUAUUUCCCGUGAGUCACUCUGAGUCAGUGUUAUUAACCCAUAGAUCAACCAGAACCUAGAGUUAUCCCCACUUCAUAUACUGUCAAAAUUUAUGUUUUAGAUUACGUCAUUUUUUCAUCAUUUUAUUUUUAUAAACAUUAGAUAAUACAUAUACAAUGUUGAAUACACUACAAAUUUCUCGUUUAUUUCAAUUAAUUUUGAGUGGCUUUGGGAUGUUAACAACUUUUUAUAUGAUUACUGAAUUAACAUAUUUCCUAUCUGUACCCCAAAAGUUAGAACCGUACUUAAAAGAACCAGAAUUAAUGACAUCGUGGGCUUUAUUAACAAAUAUGAUGUUAUUAUCACUAUUUAUUCUUCAGCAUUCGUUAUUGUCAUCAAGUAGAGUAAAAGAAGCUUUUGAAGCCAGUGGAUUUCAAGUUCUUCAUCGCUCUGUUUAUGUUAUGUCAACUUCAGGUAUUUUGUUGUAUUUAUUACGACACUGGAAAUCUACACCAAGUGCUAUCUUAUGGGCGUUCAAUUUAAAUUAUAAACCAUUAUGGUGGUUAUACGUUUCUAUACAUACUGUAGCAUGGAUUAUUAUAUAUGUUGGUAACAUAUGUUGUGAUGUUACAGAACUUUUAGGUAUUAAACAGGUAUAUUACAAUAUUAUGAAUUUACCUGAUCCCAAUUUAAGAAAAUCAAAACAGUGGCAGAGGCUUAAUAAUCACAUUAGGCACCCAAGCUUUUUAGCGUUCGCUUUAAUAUUUUGGACAAGUCCUAUAAUGAGCUUUGACCGAAUACUCUUGGCUGUCAUCUUAACUACAUAUAUGUAUAUUGCAUGGAAUCCAGAUGGAAGUGAUUACGAUUAUCAGAAAUAUCAAUUUGAACGUAAACAUUUUAGAUUGGAUCAUUUUUAGAAACAACUAAGAUUUUUUGAAUCGGGUAUGGUUGCUUGAAAUGAAGCAAGACAACAUGCCACGUAAUACGAGAUGUAAUUAUAUUUCAUACUUUAUCAGUUCGGUCUCAUUUGUAAUUCUAGGAAUAAAUCUAGUUUACUCCGACUUAAUAACCAAUCAAGUUUCAGUUAGAUCAGCAGAUUGUAAAAGUGAUGUUUUCGUCUUGUUAGGUGAAUCCAACCCUUUUCCGGUUUGUGAUUUUUGUAUUUAUUUUUAAUUUUGAGGCGUUCACAGCUACACUGAAGAGAAAAAGUUUUGGUUAGUAAUAGCCAUAAAGCAAUAUUUUGACCUUGCAGGAUAUUUUUUUAAUGUUGUUUUGCUCCAUCUCAAACGGGCUUAAUAAAUGAACAGAAUUCCAUGACUUCCCAUGGUUAAGAACCAUUUAAGAUUUACGACUUGAAAAGAAUACAAUUUCAACUGUUGGUUUAUCGCAAAUUCUUUUGAAUUUAUGAGAAAAAAAUUGUACAAAAGAUCCCUUAAAUAUAUUGAGUAAAAUUAAACUCAAACUUAAGUGGAGACAAAGACUCUCCAAGGUCCAAUUAAUACUCUUUGCAAUUCUUGCCUUAAUUAACAAGUCAAGUUUUUUUAACUCAAAUGUGAAACCUUCCAGCCACAUUUUUGACCAAUUGAAAAUAGGAAGUUAUUACUUGUUUCUUCUAAUUUUUGCUCCAUUGAUUCUGAUUUUCCACACAUUGCAAAAAGUGUCUUAAUAGUUAAAGUUGUGACUAGACCAGACUAUUACUGCUUUUGAAUAACACAAAUUUGGAAAAGUUUUUUCCUAUAUGAUUCGAUCAAGAGUUCACAAUGUAAUGAAUUGCAUUGAAUGCUUAAAUUCGUAAUCUUAGUUGAUAAGUGACACUAAUUUGUAUUUUUUUUAUAUUUAAUAUAUAUUUAUAUAAUAUAUAAUUUAUAUAAUUUU